AUGGAAAACGUACACGCUAAUCAGGUCGAGAUUGUAGGAGCUAUUCGUAAAAUUGGUGCCAAUAUUAAAAAAGAUGGGUCAGAGCGUAAAACAUUAGAUUAUUUUAAAAGAAAACUUGAGGUUUUGGAAUCGUACUGGCAAGAUUAUCAGAAAAAUCAUAGUCAACUAGUAAAGAGUGAGAGUCGAACACAUCCCUACUUUACAAACUCCGAGUACGAAAUUGCAAGGGAACAAUAUAACUCGGUUAAAAAUAUAGCAGUAUCAGGAUUUUCUGGCUAG